AUGAUUUCAUUGUUGGAAGAAGAAAAGGAAAAGAAAUUUUCAUCUUCGGAAGAGAGCAACAAUAACAACGGAACAGUUCCAAUGGCCUCUUCAUCUACACAAACAACAAAUCAGAGUAGUGGAGAUGAUAACAACAACGGAUCAUCCACAAUUGAUCUCAUCAAUAAUAAUAAUAACAACGUUGUUGGUGAUGUCAGUAGCAACGACACCACUGAUGAUGGAUCAUCAGUCGCUAUCCUCGGUGAUCUGUUUGGUAACACUUUGAAUGGUACGAGCACAACCAUCAAGAAAAAGAAGAAGAGAGGACAACAUUCCAAUUUGUAUGCUUUGACUGUAGCUCCAAAUUAUGACAAGUCUUUGGAAAAGUACAAACCACUGAUCCAAGUAGAUCCAUCAUUGGAACUCUUUUCUAAAUACAAAACACAGCCAACAACUGACGAUUUGGCCAAUAGCACCACUACUGAUUCUACAACUACAUCCACUGACAUCACCAACACUGCACCUAAAAACAUGGUUCCUUUGGAGGUGUUGGAGCAGGCAAAAGUAAUUCCAGGAUUGUUUUUGGACGGAUUUUUAGAGUAUUAUCAAUCGGGACUGUUUACUGAUGCAACAGUGAUUUGUCGUUCCAAAGAGUAUCGUGUUCACAAAUUGAUCAUUUGUUAUCGAUCUGGAUACUUUAGACAAGUUUUCUCGAACGACCCCACAAUGCAAGUUCACGUCAUUGAUGACAAGACACCUAGCAUGGAAUUGUGCAAUUUGGAUGAAGUAUUUCCAUUUGUGAUUGAAUUUCUUUACACUGGAAAGAUCGAAAUAACACAAUUCAAUGUGGUGUCCCUAAAGUUGAUAGCUAACCUGCUAGACAUUUCUCCACUCAAAUGUGAGGUUGAAAACUUUUUGGUAGCCUACGUGAACGAGGAUAAUGUUUUUGAUAUUUUGAAUUCUGCCAUUCAGUCCAAUGACAGUGCUAUCAAGAGCAUUUGUGUUGAUUCCAUUGCAUUUCACUUUGACACUUUACAUGGAAAAUUUGUAGACAAGGUGUUCAAAACCUCGAGCGAUGACACUUCCCAAAAAAUUCCCCUUGAUAUUUUCUUCUCCGUUAUUGGAAACAAAAACAUGAAGAGCAAUGUAAAUGAGUUAAGAGUUAAGAUUGUUUCUAACAUUGUAGAACAAUUUAUCAAGGAAUUUAACGCUAUGGAAAACAUUGAAUUAUUUAAACAAAUGAUUAAUGCAGCAACAGAGUCUAAAUCUCUUGACUUGAAUUUGGCCAUCAAAUAUUUGAAGCAUUGCGACGCUCGAGGCGAAGAGUUACGUGAACAAUCGAUACGAUGUUCCCAAGCACUUGCAUUUAACUUUCAUUUCCUUCUGACUUCCACAUCUUCCAAUAUUAUUUUUGAUAUUUUACCUUCCUCUUUUGUAGAGUUGUUGAAAUACGAUGAGCUUUAUAUUAGGGACGAGGAUCAAGUCUAUGAUAUUGCAUGCAAAUAUGUUGAACACAACAAGGACACGCUCACAGAGGAGCAAAAGAAGGAAAUUUUCAAAUGUGUCCGUUAUACUUAUUUGAGUGUUCAACUUUUAACAAAACUCAAACAAGACCCACUAUUCAUUUCUAAAGAAGAUAUUUUGGAGGCUCUAUGGGCCAGAGUCGGAAGACUUGAGGGAAAGAAAGUCGAUGAAAGUGUUUACAGUCUCAGACCAAGAAAGAAUCGUGUAUUUAUUUAUGAGAAAGAUUUUGAUACGAAUGGAAUUUUGUACUGGCUGGGAACCAAUUACAGCCAAGAGACGUAUGUGAAUCCUAUUGAUAGAGGAUUAAUGACGGUGAGCGCGUCUGCAAGUUACGAAGUCGGCAAAGCACAAGAUUUAAUUAGUCAUGAACCAGCAAAGUGCAAUCUUGUGGGAAAGGCCAACACCCAAAUUAACCUCAAGUUUGAAACUCUCAAAAUUAUGCCAACAAAAUAUACGUUGAGACAUACCAUGUCUAGAGAUGGAGAGGCUUUAAGAUACUGGACUCUCAGUGCAAGUGUGGACGGUGUCACAUAUGUGGACCUUCUGGUGCAUAGUAAUGACACUACAUUAAAUCUAAAAGGGUCUACUGGAUCUUGGGACAUUGAAGCAAAUGGCAACUAUUACCAAUAUUUCAGAAUUACACAAACAGGAAAUAACUCAUCAAAUAACAAUUAUCUAUCGAUGGCAGGAUUGGAACUCUAUGGGCUCGUUAACCGAAUUUGUGACGAAUAA